GGAUGAUGACGUGAUUGCUGACUCAUCCAUCGAAGAAAGAAAAAAAAUAUUCAAAACUCCCAACGGGAUCCUGAUCAGAGUAUUUUCAGGUUCGGUUUGAAGAAAAAGUGCUUAGAACGAAGUGAAUAAUAGAGAAUGGCAGGAACAAAGCUGAAAAACGGAGAUUCGAGAAAACGAAAGAUGACGGAGAAGAAGGGAGGUGUGAGGGAGGAGGAGAAGCCAAAGGGAUCAGUCAGGCUGGCGGCGCUGAAACGGAAGUCGACGAAGAGCGCGGUGAAGAACAAGAAGCGCAAAGUUGUUUCUGAGAGUGAAGAAUCUGAGGCUGAGAUGCCAGAGGUAGACUCAGAACAGGACUCGAACGAUGAGUUCGAAGUCGACGAUGUGUCGAGCGACGGGGCCGAAAUCAGCGAAAGUGAACUCAAGAGCACAGCUAAUGAUGCAGACGAAUCUGAGGAUGAUGAUGGAGCGGAUAAUGAGGAUGAGGGCGACGAGAACAGUGACGCAGACAGCGAGUCUGGGGACGAUGAUUCAGAUGGCGAUGAAGAGAUUGAACAUAUCAAUGCUGCCGCUCAUGAAAAGCAACCCAAGAAGAAGAAAAACCUCGACCCGGCCGCGUUCUCGACCGCCAUGACUGCGAUUCUCGGCUCCCAUCUGAAAGCCCACGAUCGUUCGGACCCCGUUCUCGUGCGCUCCAAGAAGGCCGCGAAGGAGAUCGAAGACGCAAAACUAGAAGCGAAAGCCAAGCGUGCGCUGCGAAUGGAAAAAAAGGGAUUGCUGGAUAAAGAGCGCGUGAAGGACGUGAUUAGCGGGCUUAGAGAAGGGGAGGCUACUGAUCCGGACGCGGUACAGAAGAAUACGGAGCGCGAGAAGAAGUUGAAGAAGACGGCGAAGAGGGGUGUUGUCAAGCUUUUCAACACUGUGAUCGAGGCGCAGAAGAAGGCGAUUGCGAAUUUGGCGGUGCAGGCUUAGGUUGGGAAUUUUGCUUUGAGGAUUUAUAUAACUGUAAUAUACUAGACGAUCUGAAU